CUCAUUUGUUUGCUGAGGCUUAUGGUACAGAAGAAAUGGAAGAGCAAAGCCAAAUCCUGAUGCCCAGAGUAAAGUUGGGAUUUCAAGGAUUAGAGGUAUCCAAACUAGGUUUUGGGUGCAUGGGUCUCUCUGGAAGGUUUAAUUCUCCUGUUUCUGAAGAAGAUGGCAUAUCAAUCAUUAAGGAAGCUUUUAACAAAGGCAUCACCUUUUUUGACACUUCCGAUAUAUAUGGACCUCACACUAAUGAAAUUUUGGUUGGCAAGGCAUUGAAGCAACUUCCACGAGAGAAGGUUCAAUUGGCCACAAAGUUUGGAGUUGUAGGGCUUAUUGAAGGAGGUGGAGGUGGUCCUAUUGUAAAUGGUAAGCCAGAGUAUGUGAGGGCUUGCUUGGAAGGAAGUCUUAAGCGACUUGGGUUGGAUUACAUUGAUUUGUAUUAUCAACACAAGGUUGAUCAAACUGUGUCUAUUGAAGAAACAGUUGGGGAAUUAAAGAAGUUAGUUGAGGAGGGUAAGGUAAAGUAUGUUGGGCUAUCAGAAGCAAGCGCUAAUACAAUCAGGCGAGCUCAUGCUAUUCACCCAAUUAGUGCAUUACAAAUAGAAUGGUCGCUUUGGACUAGAGAUAUCGAGGAUGAGAUAAUACCACUUUGCAGAGAGCUUGGGAUUGGAAUAGUUCCAUAUAGUCCUAUUGGUCGUGGCUUUUUUGGUGGUAAAGCAGUUCUUGAAAGCAUACCUAAAAAUAGUGCACUGGUCUCACAUCCAAGAUUCAGUGAAGAAAAUCUAGUGAAAAAUAAAAUACUAUUCUUCAGGUUAGAGAAAUUAGCUGCAAAACACCAAUGCACAACUACACAGUUAGCUUUGGCUUGGCUACUUCAUCAAGGAAAUGAUGUUGUUCCAAUCCCAGGUACAACAAAGAGCACAAAUCUUAAAAAUAAUAUAGGCUCUAUAAAUGUGAAACUAACAAAAGAUGACUUGGAAGAACUCUCAAAUGCUUUCUCUACUCAAGAUGUUGCUGGUUCAAGCACUUGGGGUUACAUGGAAUCCGUAUCAUGGAAGUAUGCAAACACUCCUGCAAAAGUCAAAGAUGCAUAAAAUUUAUCUUUGUCAUUAACAAUGCUCCAUAUUUUUAGUUUCUCAUCUAGAAGUUAGGUGCAUUGUAUGAGAUAUAAAAAGAUGAUGAUAAAAUAUCACCUUAUGAGUGUUUUAACUCGUCUUAAGUCUACUUAACAGAUUAUGUUAUCAAUGUAAUCUUCUAC